CAUUCUAGGGUCCUGAGAAGGAAACAUGAAAUCCCUGGAAAAACCACCAGUGUGCAACCCCAUGUUAACUCAUGUGGAUCAUUUGGAAUAAUCCUCAAACUGAAGUGACUUGCUGCUUUGUGGGUCUGGAAAACUCCACAAAAGUGUAUAUCUCAUACACUUUCUUCCAGUCCAUCAACCCAUCCAUGUUGCAGGAUGAGAGGAGAGAAGCUGAUGCCUUGUGUACUUAUCACUCUACUGGGGCUGACCCUGAUGGAGUCAGCUCAUGGACUGCACAUGUCAGACGAACCCUGCUCUGUCCAAAUUCUCGUCCCAGGACUCAAAGGAGAGGAAGGAGAAAAGGGAGUGAAAGGAGCACCUGGGAGACCAGGAAAAAUGGGUCCACCAGGGGAGAUAGGACAUCUGGGAGUUAAAGGACAGAAGGGUAUAAUGGGACAUUAUGGGAAGAUUGGCCCCAGUGGAGUCAAAGGUGUAAAGGGAGAUAUGGGUGAUCUUGGAUCAAGGGGCCCGAAUGGUGAUCCAGGUGUUCCAUGUGAAUGCACACCCCUGAGGAAAAGUAUUGGCGAGAUGGACAUCCUAGUGACACAGUUAUCCAAUGAGCUGAAGUUCAUAAAAAAUGGCCGGUGGUGGUUGGUCCGCUCCAGGAAUCUGAGGUACUGGAGGUUCCUCCGCCCCCUCGGCAUUGAGGGGGCCCCGGCGUACUCCGUUCGUUCCAUCCUGGAUUCGAAACGUCGGGCGAGGGGCCUUCAGUACCUCGUGGAGUGGGAGGGGUACGGUCCGGAGCAGAGGUGCUGGGUUCCGGUGGCGGAUGUGUUGGACCCUGAACUGCUGCGGGAGUUCCACCGUCGCCGGCCGGAUCGCCCUGCGCCUCGCCCUUCGGGUCAUCCCCGAGGCCAGUGACGGCGCGUCGCUGGAGCCACGCGUCAAGGGGGGGGUACUGUCACCACUUCCGCCGAAGUCGGCUCCUCUCCUUGUUCGACGUCACCGGCUUUCUAGCCAUCGCCGCUCCAUUUUUUCAUUGUUCCAUUUGUUUUGUCUUGUUCCCUGUAUAACAGUAUAACUUUACGUCUGUCCCCUCGCCCCGACACGGGCGCGAACCAGGGACCCUCUGCACACAUCAACAACGGUCGCCCACGAAGCGUCGUUACCCAUCGCUCCACAAAAGCCGCGGCCCUUGCAGAGCAAGGGGCAACACUACUUCUAGGUUUCAGAGCAAGUGACUAACUGAUUGAAACGCUACUAGCGCGUACCCGCUAACUAGCUAGCCAUUUCACAUCCGUUACACUCACCCCCCUUUCAACCUCCUCCUUUUCCGCAGCAACCAGUGAUCCGGGUCAACAGCAUCAAUGUAACAGUAUAACUUUACGUCUGUCCCCUCGCCCCGACACGGGCGCGAACCAGGGACCCUCUGCACACAUCAACAACGGUCGCCCACGAAGCGUCGUUACCCAUCGCUCCACAAAAGCCGCGGUCCUUGCAGAGCAAGGGGCAACACUACUUCUAGGUUUCAGAGCAAGUGACGUAACUGAUUGAAACGCUACUAGCGCGUACCCGCUAACUAGCUAGCCAUUUCACAUCCGUUACACUUGCACACCUGGUUUAAAUUCCCUAAUCACAAUGCAUGUAUUUUUUCCUCUGUUCCCCCCCAUGUCUUUGUGUGGGAUUGUUUUUGUUAUGUGUUUCAUGUUACGCGCCAGGCUGGUUUUUCCCCCUGUAUUCUGUGGUAUAUCCACGAAGGAUGUUAACUGUUAAAAAUGUGCUUAUUUUUGUUACUGUUUCGCGCCUUGCACUUUUUACCUUUGACUGGAGGUUUAGACGCAGUGGCGUCUGUCUGUUUUAUUGCCUCUGCCUAAAUAAAGUGUGCGCCUGUUCACAACUCUCUGCUCUCCUGCACCUGACUUCACUACCAGUAGCGCACAACACUUACUUUGAAGUUAAAAUAAUUUGUGUAAAUAAUCUGAAGUAAUAUAUUUUGCAUUUUUAAAUGGCUUAAAUUUACUGUAUCAUUAAGAAAUAUAUUCUUUCCAGUCAUCGUAUUCACCAUAUUUGUUUUUUGCUAUACUGAAUAUUGAACUUUUUGUUAUAUUGCCUUACAAUGCAAACUCAUCAAAAUAGUGAGUUAUUGAAGUGAUUCAAAUUUGUAUAACUAUUUCCCUAGGCCCAAUCCAUGUUGGAAAAAACAAGAUUAUGUCUUGUAUGUUGUUCUUGUAAUGACAUGCAUUUAUUGGUAUGCACACUUACAGGAACACUAAUAUAAACUAUGUAAGCUAAGCUAUGUGCAGUGUGUAGGUUGGAAUAGGGUUGAAAGUGCAUGAGAGGUCAUCUGACAGAUAACAAUGGCUGAUUGAAUGGUGGUUAAGAGGUUGUGUGGCACGAAUUGGUUAGAAAAAGUAAUGUUUUCAGGUAUGUUCAGAAUAAAACAUGGAGAUUCCAUAA